GCGACGUCAACCGUGUGUGGGUAAAUUUUUGUUUUCCACAUCGAACUGCUGUUUCUUGUUUGUUUAUAAGUUAAAAGACUGUUUGUUAAGUUUCUCGAAGUGUUUACCCGUUAUCAAGUGUAUCAGUUUAUAGUUCAAAAUAAAAAGUUUUGUGUGCAAAGUUAUAACGAACUCUGGGAUCAGUUGAGUAUUCAGGUGUCAACGAGAACUCGCUGUCGUCCUCCGGGCUCAACUCGGUAGAUAGACGAUGACAUUCUUACAUUCAUACACGGCACCGUUUAGCUAACUAUAAAGAUACAUUUUCAACAAACAAACGGAUCCGACAAACGAAAAUGCAGCGGCAGUAAGCUGCCACACAGUUGGUGUCUCGCCAUGCAGCGCGCGGGUGGGAGCAGGGCCUGUGCGCCAUGAGCCACACUCCUAUAGGCGGCCACCCGCAAGGUUGGGAGCACAAGCUUGCAGACAGGUCGUCGCUGCCGCCGGCUUCUGGGGAGGAGAGGAGCAAAUCUCAAUCCAAACAUGUCUUCACACACCCACACCUCUCUAAGAUGGGAGCGGCGGCGUGGCGCGAGGAGACGGAGGGCUCGUCGGGCAGCUCGCCGCGCUCGCCCACCUCGCCGCCCUACAUGCGCUGGGCGCGGACACUACACGACCUACUCGAGGAUGCGGAGGGCGUGCGUCUGUUCCGCAAGUUCGUGUCAGGCGCGGGCGGGCUGCACGUGGACCGCCUCAACUUUUACUUCGCCGUGCAAGGCCUGCGCCAGGAGACCGAGCCCCCCAAGAUACGACAGGUCGUCUCCGCUAUAUACAAAUUCCUCCGCAAGUCGCAGCUAGCGAUGCCCGAGGAGCUGAAGCAGCGCGUAAAGCAAAGCCUCAAGGAUGGCUCCAACAUCGAAAAGACAAUCUUCGAUAACAUGGAGCAAGAGGUGACGCUGGCGAUAACGGAGACGACGUAUCAAGCGUUUCUACGCUCGGAGGCGUACGUGUCUUAUGUGAGCGCAGCCACGCAGCCGCUCUCCUCGCCUGAUACAGAGCCACCGCACAGAGACCUCGCUUCUCUGGGGUGUGGACUGGCGACGCUACACGAGGGGCAGGAGUUGAGCGCGGGUGGCGGUGCGAGUGUUGGUGGUGCGCCCGCGCGACUCACGCACGACGCCCUGCUCGCCACGCAGACGCGCCGGCUGCACUCCGACACCGCGCCGCACCGCAAGCGGUCGGUGUACAGCGCGCACGUGUCGUACGCCGGCUACUGUCCCGCCUCGCGCCAGGAUUCGGAGCGCGCCAGUCUGAGCAGCGGCCGCACUGACAGCGAUGCUGUGUCCCUCUCCGGCAGCAGCGUUGACGGCAUGGCGGUGCGCGGUCGCGAGCCGCGGGAGUCGCGACACCGACCGCGGCUGCACGGCCUCGACAGACAUGCUCUCAUCAACAAGGAGCAGGACACCGCCAUGGUGAUACCGCGCACACAGCGCGUGCAGUGCGAGCAGCUGCGCGCGCUGCCGCCUCAGGAGUUCGCCGCGCUCCUCACAGAGAAGCUGGAGCGUGUACGCCGCGACAUCGACGCCAAGGACCGCCUCGAGAGGAGGCUCGCUGAGGGUGAGGGCGAAGAGCUGUCAACGCAGGCGCUGCCACCGCAGCUGGUUGCCGCUGCCAUCCGUGAGAAGCUGCAGGUCGACGACGACAACGACCAAGACAUUCUCGAUCAGCACGUGUCUCGUGUGUGGUCGGAGCGUACUCCGGGCGCGUCACCGCCGGGUGGGCGGCGCGCGCGCGGCCGACACGCCCCGCACGGCACGCACGGCACGCACAGCACGCACCCCGCCCACUCAGCGCGGCGCGCACCCUCCGCACUCUCCGCUGACUCGGGACACUACGACGCGCCCGAGGGAAUGCAUCAUCCACACUCACUGACACGCAGAUCGUUGUCAAAGAAAACGGCGACGGAGCUGACGGACAGCGGGGUGUCUGUGGUGAGCGAGGGCGGGGCGAGCGGGGCGAGUGGGGUGGAGCCUCGCAUCCUGCUGUGGAUAGCGGAGGGCUCGGAGCGGCUGGAGCGCCUCGAGCGUCGCCAGCGAGACCUCUCGCGUGCCUCCAGCGCAGAGCGGGACGAGCCGCGCCGCCGCGACCGCCAGCCACCACGCCCACGUGGUGGGGGCGGGGGCGGUGGCAAGGGCGUCGCGGGUUGCGCGGCGGGGGCGGCGGAGCACACGGUGGUGGUGGUGAGCUUCCUGGACGAGGCGGUGCCGUACCGCUUCAAGGUGCCCUCCGUGCCGCUCACACUCAAGACCUUCAAGGAUUAUCUGCCAAGGAAAGGAAACUACAGAUAUUUCUUCAAAACGGAGUGCGCGGAUCUGGAUAACACGGUGAUCCAGGAGGAGGUGAGCAACGACGCCGACACGCUGCCCAUGUACGAGGGCAAGGUGAUGGCGCGCGUCAAAAACAUCGAGUGAACCCCGCCCACAACAGCUCGCCCCGCCCACAGCCACGCCCCCAGCCCCGCCCCAGUCACUGUACAAACGUCCUUGUUGCCGAUAACUAUAUAAAUGUAUAAAGUAGGGCGAAUUUUCUUUAAGCUGGCGUUAUAACGCUUAUAAGACAAUUUAUAGAAAGAGUGUCAUGAGUGUCAUUCUUUGUGCAAGCAAAAAUCACUUCUGUGUGAGAAGAAAUUCAGUGAAUUAUGUGCGGUAUUCGCAUGCAGUGCGUCGCCCUGUCUGUCCGCUACACUACACUGCGCCUUGUUGAUGUUGAAACGAGUUUAGGAAGAACUUAAUAAAAUUUUGCAUGUUACUAAUUCCAGUGAUUUUAUUUUCGUACAGAAAAGGAUUGUUUAUAUGAUUUAUUUACUCUAUGUUUUAAGUCUUGCCAGUUUAUAAAAAUGUUUACAAAUUGCAAAGUUUUGUAAUGAAGAAUUCUUCAUUUGAUUAUAUUAUUAUUUGUAGAUUUAUUUUACGGAAUACCGUAGUUAUAUUUAUUUGUUAAAUGACAAAU